CUCUCCUUCACACUUCAUCUCUCGUUAGUCGAAGUUACCUGUGUGUGUUUUUGCCUAGUUCAUUAGUUUUUUUUAGUCAAUCAAUCUCAGUUGUGAUUUUUAAUGCUUUAGUAUAUUUUUGAGCCAUGUUAUUAAUGUACCAUGUUCUUGAUGGAGCUUGGUGUAAUUCUGUGAACCAUGUUUAGAAUUGUCUAUAUUCUCUGGGCUUACUCUAUGCUGGGUUGGGGACUUGGGGGAGCAACACUUCAUGGUAUCCCAUUAUUCAAAAAAAAUUACUCCGUACCACAUAAGUUAUUUGACUAGUGUUUUUCCUUUGAAAUUGCAUGAAUGAAGUUGUGCACUGGUGCACAUAAUUAUAAUAUGUUAAUUGAAAAGGCAUAAUCGGUUCCGGACUUCCUGGUUUCAUUGAUUUUCAGUAUAUUCGAUUACGGGUCUUAUCGAUUUCGAUUAUUAUCGGUGUUGGGUCUAAGUCAGGCUUCGAUCAUUUCGGAUAUUCGAUUAAAGAUGAGAUCUUUAGUUUUAGAUCAUUCCGGUUUCACUUUCAUAUCAUUCAAUCUAGGUUAUUAGUCUCGGUUUUGUUUUGCCACUUUUUCAAGGUCUAACCAACCAUCCUUGUAAAUAGACCAAGUCUUGUACGCCCAAAUUAAUAUUACAACUGUUGCUCUCUCUCUCUCUCUAUCUCUAUCUCUUUCCGUUUUCUCUUUAGAUCAUAACUUACAUACAUGCUCCUAACUCUCAAUCAUUUUAUGUUUGUGCUUUUGUGAUUGUACCAUAGAUGCAAAUUGACAACGUUGUCAGCGCUUUUAAGUAACACAUUAAUGUCUAUUUUACUGAAUAUAUAUGUUAAAUUGCGUGCGAUUUGCAAACUAGUAUUACAAACCACUGCAAUUUGUGUUGGAUGCUUAGGGUCUCAAUGUCAUGAAGUUGGAUUUGUUGGUAUAUUGCUAAUUUCUUAGGGCCUCUUAUAUAUACGGUUGAUUCAUGUGUUCAUUGUGCUAAUAUGAUUGACAUUUAUUUGAUAGCAUGGCACGACAGCUUUUGGCUUCGUGUACAUGGAUGCAGAUGACAUGGAGUUAAAGGUAAUCAUGGCGUCUGAUGGUCAAAUUGAUGAUAAAGAUUUCAUAGUUAGUGAUAAUUUCAAAAAGUAUUACCAAGAUGGUAAUGUGGUAGUUAUGAUUGCUAGCAACGAUCAAGAUUGCAAGGGCGCUAUACAGAACAUUCUCAAGAAACAUAAGGUUCUUCCGCAAAACUUUGUGGGUCUUGUUAAUGUGUUCAGUGAUGCGAUGGAGCCUUCUCGUUGCAUCUUUUAUCAUAGGAGUUCUUGAUUCAAUUCGUCCGUAUGUAAUUGCAAUGCAUUCUAUGCUUAAAAUGGAUCAUACUACAUCGGACAUUGUGGGAGGAGCUGGAUUGGGUUGUGACCACGCACUUAAGGCCUUAGAGUAUCGGUCGUCAAGGGCUGUCAAAAAGUAUGUGGUGCGUAAACAGCAAUUUGGCUCAGAUCCCACAAACCCCAUGGAGGAGAUACCAAUUGUGAGUGCUUCUCAAGCACUCAAAUGGGUGCACGAGGCAAUGGUUUAUGCAGCUGACCUUGAUAACAACAAGAUGGGUGGAAGUUUUUAUGAUGUGUUUUGUGGAGAGCUAGUUGAUGGGAGGGCAUCUUGGGAGCACCAAAGGUUUGAUUUUGAAGAAAUGAAAUGCUCUUUCCCGGAAUGUUAUUUUGAUUAUCUAGCAACAGAUGGAGCCUGAUAAUUUGGAAGUGCAGAGUCAGAGUAUUAUGUACUACUCCUUCCGUCUCUAAAUGUUUAGAGUUUACUACAUUUUUCCAAGCCAUAGGUUGCUGCCGCAAGAGUAGUAAUGCGUCCAAGUACGUCACUGAUAGAGGAACUCCCAAGUAACAAAAAUCUUUGAGAUACAACAAUACCACAAUCCUUGAUAUACAGAAACACCACAAUCAUGUUCACUUGAAGUCAUAUUAGAGAUGAUGAUGACUGACAGGAUGCUACAACUCACUCAAAAUGGCUAAUGUACUGAAAUUGCUACAGAACAUGUUUUGUCAAAAAAUAAUACCAACAAAGGUUACAACAUUAACAACGCAUGAGAACUAACAUUCUCUAGCGGACUCACUAAGUCUAAAUGGGCACUUUGAUUGGAUUGCAUGCUGUAAGAGUUUACCAAAAGUGCCAAGACAUCAGAGAGGAGAUCACCUUCAUUGACAAACAUGACAAAGGGGUAGUUUCAUUCUUUUAAAUUGUUUGCUUCAAGGAGGUAGAACCAUUCAUUACAACUUUUAUGACUCUUAAAAAUGAAGCCGUGAUUUUAGAAGUAGGGAUCCUUUUUGUUGUAGUGAAAAUGAUGAUGAUGAUUUGUAAAGGGAUUUAUAUUGAAAAUGUUAUUUGGAAUGAUUGUUCUUUGAUAAAAUUAAAACUGAGAGCCAAUA